ACUGGCGCUAGGUUAUUUGGCAGCCCCCCCGCACAACGCCCGCCGCUUCCAGUCUCUUUAUUGGCACCCCUGACUGAUCUUGGAUCAGCAGCAACAGCUCUUCUCUCCUCUCUUCCACCUUCAACACCGUUCCACCGUGGUGCGCCCCAGACGCGCGCUCUCCAGCUCAGGAUGGGCUCGUCUCUGUCUCCUCUCUGCAUCUUUACCCCAGCUUGUCACGCCGCGGUGUAGUUUAGUGGGAGUUCCCGGGGGGAGGGAGCAGGAGCUGAUCCUCUGUCCACGGUUUCGCUUUUCCUCAACUGGGUUUUCAAAAUUUUAAAUUAAACAGUCAUUGUGCACUCAUCUCCGGGCUGCAGUUCCGAAAUGGGAUUGUAUCUGCAUCUGCUGCUUUUGCAGUACUAUUUCGUAUCGGGUUUUGUGUGCAACGCUGUCGCUUUCGUGGAGGAACCCUCCGGAGGCAGGUCGGACGGGUACUGCGGGCGGAUCCUCCGGGCGCAGACCCAGGGGACCCGGAGGGAAGGGCACCACGAGUUCAGGCUCAGAGUGGAAGGGGACCCGGAAAGCUACCAACCUGGCGGCUCAUAUAAAGUGGUCCUACUGGCAACCCACCCUGCUUAUUUCAGAGGCUUCACACUUAUCGCGCUGAAGGAGGGCAGAGAGGGCACCACGGAUGACGACUACACCGGCCAGUUCCAGAUCAUUGACGAUGAGGACACACAGUUCAUGUCCAACUGCCCUCCUGCAGUGACAGAGAGCACGCCUCGAAGACGCACCAGGAUACAGGUGUUGUGGACAGCACCACCCACUGGGACCGGCUGUGUUAUACUCAAGGCCAGUAUUGUCCAGAAGAGAGUUAUCUAUUUCCAGGAUGAAGGCUCUCUCACUGUUCGACUGUGUGAGAAAGAGGCAGUGAUAGGUGAAGCUACACAAGCCUCUGGCAUCGAGUGCUGCGCCUGUGGAACAGCCAAGUACAGACUCACCUUCUAUGGCAACUGGUCGGAGAAAGUACAUCCCAAAGACUAUCCAAGACGAGCCAACCACUGGUCAGCUCUUAUUGGUGCAUCUCACUCCAGAAGCUACGUGCUGUGGGAGUAUGGAGGCUACGCCAGCGAGGGGGUCCGUCAGGUGGCUGAGUUCGGCUCCCCUAUUAAGAUGGAAGGAGAGAUUCGACAAAGGGGAGAUGAAGUACUGACUGUCAUUAAAACGAAGGCUCAGUGGCCGGCAUGGCAGCCACUCAACCUGCGAGCAGCUCCAUCAGCAGAGUUUUCAGUGGACCGAACACGUCAUCUCAUGUCCUUCCUCACGAUGCUUGGGCCCAGCCCAGACUGGAACGUGGGUCUCUCAGGAGAGGACCUCUGUACAAAGGACUGUGGCUGGGUCCAGAGACUGGUGACAGACCUCAUCCCAUGGGACGCAGGCACAGACAGUGGUGUCACAUAUGAGUCACCAAACAAGCCUACCAUACCUCAGGAGAAAAUUCGACCCUUGACUAGUUUGGACCACCCACAGAGUCCGUUUUAUGACCCAGAGGGUGGCCCAAUCACCCCUGUGGCCCAGGUAGUGGUGGAACGUAUUGCACGAAAGGGAGAGCAGUGUAACGUGGUGCCAGACACCAUUGACGACAUCGUAGCUGAUAUUGGACAGGAGGAGAAACAGGAAGACGACACACCAGAGACAUGCAUCUACUCCGCCUGGUCUCCAUGGUCAGCUUGCAGCAGUGCUACAUGUGACAAAGGUCGCAGGAUGAGACAAAGGAUGCUGAAGGCUCAACUAGACCUCAGCGUGCCGUGUCCGCACACACAGGAUUUCCAGCCCUGCAUGGGCCCAGGAUGCAGCCUGGAGGAGCCAUCAACAUGCAUGAUGUCGGAGUGGAUCAGCUGGUCGGCCUGCAGCGUGUCCUGUGGGAUGGGGAUGAGGUCGAGAGAGCGAUAUGUCAAACAGUAUCCCGAGGACGGCUCGCUCUGCCAGUUCCAGACUGAGGAAACUGAGAAGUGUGUUGUCAACGAUGAAUGCUCUCCCAGUAGCUGUGUUGUGACAGAGUGGGGGGAGUGGGACCCGUGCACCGUCACCUGUGGGGUUGGCAUGAGAAGACGUGAGCGCAUGGUGAAGAUGCCUCCUUUAGAUGGAUCCAUGUGUAAAACGGAGGUGGCUGAGGUGGAGAAGUGCAUGAUGCCAGAGUGCCAUACCAUCCCCUGCAUGAUGUCGCCCUGGUCGGACUGGAGCGAGUGCAGCGUGACGUGUGGGCGGGGCAUCCGAACACGUCAGAGGAUGCUGAAGUCGGAUCCUGCAGAGUGCACCGAGGAGCUGGAGCAGGCAGAGAAGUGCAUGCUGCCAGAGUGCCCUGUGGACUGCAUGGUUUCAGAGUGGUCCGAGUGGUCCGAGUGUAACAAGUCCUGCGGUAAAGGACACACCAUUCGUACCCGUAUGGUCAAACUGGAGCCACAGUUUGGAGGCAGCGCUUGUCCAGAGACCAUCCAGAGGAAGAGAUGUAAGAUCAGGAAAUGCAGGACAAAAACCAGAGAAGAGAGAGGAGGAGGAGGAAAGCGGAGGAGACGGGGUAAACAGGGAAGAGAUGCAGCGGUGGAGGAGCAGCCAGGCUGCAGGAUGCAGCCGUGGACCAGCUGGACAGACUGCACCAAACAAUGUGGAGGAGGGAUUCAGGAGCGUUUCAUGAAGGCCAAGAAAAGGGCAAAGGGCAGCUGUAAGGACCGGAAGGAGAUCCGUGCCUGUAAUGUUCAGCCCUGCUAGGGGGCACUACUGAGCUACAGAGAGGAGGGGUGCAGCGAGAUUAAACAUGAGAUAUGAGUUCCUUUGAUAAAGAUGAUUACAGCUUUUGAUUUAUUUGUAUGAAAGGAGGUGAAGAUGUGGGAAGAUGAUGGGUACGUAAAAAUGACAGGAUUUUGAGGAGAGAAAGAAGAGGAAAAAGGAGUGAAGCAAAAGGAGGUGACUUACCGUUUAGUAAAGCCAUUGUAGAAAAUUAGAAAACAGGGCUGACUUUUUAUUUUAGACCACAGUGGAAGUAUUAGAGUAACAUCUGUGUCCUGCAAAGACAAGAAAAAAAGAAAAGGCUUCGUCCAAUGAUUCUUUUUAAGUCUGUCACCAGUCUUUAUCAGUCACGUAUGAAAUAAGGAUGUUUGACAUUUUCUCCUGCAAGGUCCAAAAUUUUUGUCUUGUUUGCUGAAAAAAAAAAGGUUUUCUACCACCCCUCUGCUCUAAUGACCAAUUUUUAAGUGAUCGCCCUGUGCCUAUUCUUUAGGCCACUGUCUAAAAAAAAAACUGUUGUUUUCUGUUUUUUUUCCAAAUCAAAAAGACUGGAUUGUGAAGGGAAAUCUUUCAUAUAAAUGGUAAAUGUAAUGUUUAAUAUCCUCAUCUUUAAAACCAAACCUUGGCUUUUGAGAAAUCAGGAAUGCUCGAAAAUUAAACAAUUCCAAAUCCCUCACCAUGGAUGUUUUAACGUUUUAACGUCUGCCAGUUAGCUGAGGCUCUUUUUUGCAGGACACAGAUGCUUCUACAGGAAGUUUCUCAAGACUUCUGGAUGUACUGUAAACCUGUUAUCUAACCACAUAUAUAAGUGACACUGCUAUGUAAUUACUAAAAACCACUUUCCACAUAAACAGACACAUUUAAAUUGAGAUGUUUUAUACUGUUGAAAUUAGUCUUUAUAUACUGUUUUGCUGUUUAUUGGUCGUUUCAGCUGAUGUAGCAUUAAACCUGCGAUAGCCGUCACUCUAUCAGAGAACUUUAUUUUAGCAUGUGCAAUUCUUUAUUUUGGCAUUUGGCUUUGUCAGCUGUAGUAGUUGUCUCAAAACAGGUAGCGGAAAGACUGUAUCGGCCUUCGUUAGUUUGUAAAGACGCAUUCAGAUGGAGCCCUCAGAGUUUUGUGCUGGGCUGCACUGGUGCUCUAUCUAGAUGAGGAUCUAGAUGUUCGUACACGCAGCAGACUGUUACUGAGGCCUUUGGCUACAACUUUGCUUUCUUGUUUUGGUUUUGUUGUGCUUUUUUUCUGUGUUGCCAUGAUAACGGUGAUCUGUAAAACCUUUUUAGUGCUCUUUAGCAAAUGUUGCUGAUUUGUUUCUGUUAAAAUAAAAAUGUCAUCACCAAAGUUGUUUUCUGAAGCUGUUUUCUGUAACUUCCUUCUUUUGUUAACAUUUUUGCUUUUUUUCCUUCACCACUGUUAACAUGACUAUUUUGUAAGAAGCCAACUUUACAAUAAAAAGUGCAAAUUGUGAAAAUAUAA